GGGCUGAUGGCUGCCCUCAACUACCACAUGGCCGGUUUGGAUGAGGAGACGCUUAGGCCACAUCAGUGUGUAUAUUGUGGGCGCCGUUUUAAGCGCAAAGACCACCGCAUCGAACAUGAAAGGAUCCACACAGGAGAGCGCCCUUAUGCUUGUCGGCUUUGUGGCCGUGCCUUUGUACAGAAGCAUCAGCUGAUGAGUCAUGUACGACGCAAGCAUGCUGCCACUGACCCAACUAUACCAAGGCCAUAUCCACCAGCUCCUCCCCCUCCUGCACCUCCAUCACACCUUGGUAGAGGCGUUGGAGAUCAACAAUCUCAAUAUUAGCUCAACAAAUAUUAGACAGAAUUAAUAACUUGAGACAUGUUGUUAAAACUAAAAUUUGUGAUAUCUUAAAGAAAUCAUAGAAUUUGCUAAUAAUAUAUGGCAGGCCUACCAUAGGAUAUGUUGAAUUAUAUUAUUAGAUAAUUUAUUUUUGUUUAGAGGCCAGGCAGGUAGUGAGACUUUGUAUGAUUUAAUGUAAGAUGACAGAUAAUGAAUUUUACUUCUGUAAUCUAAAACAAGCUGCCAGAUAGCAACUAUAUUGUCAUAAUUUAAGACAAGCUGCCAGAUAUCUUAUACUUUUAUUAUUUGGUUAAAUGUACUGUAUAUAAAUUAUGCCAUGUAGUAGAAUAAUGAUGAAUAUUGUGCUUUUACAUAAAGUGUGCUUGGUACUUAUGUAUUUAUUUUUUUAACUAGUCUUAUCAAUGUUGAAUUGUUGGGGUUGGAUGAAUAUACAUUACCAUUCAAAAGGAUUUUGAAUAGGAAUAAAUAGCAGCAAUCAUUUGUAUUCCAUAGUAGACCAAGCCUAGCCCAAUAGAUAAGAUGACACUGUAAUAACUUGUUCUGCUCAAGUAUUGUUUACUCUGUAGCGUCCUGAUAAUAAAGGGCAGAGUUGGUAUUCC